UGAGGCAAACCCGGCAGGGCUUAGGACCCGGCGGGUCACGCGGUACAAUAGCGCUGUUGUGUCGUGUUGGUGGGCCGACUGACUGCAAGCCCGGGAGGAGAACCCCCCUCCAAAAAAAAAAAAAACAACUAAAAACCCAAAUUCAACCCAUUCCCACGUACAAAUACUUUUCAUUUUGUGGCCAUACGCUGUGUGUUUGACGCUGGACGGCGUACGGAUGGGAUAGAGCGGACCUAGACUUGAAGGGAUGAAACUAAGCAGUUGAGUGUUCAUCGGAGGAAGCCAUUAGCAUGCUUUUCAACUGGAGCUUUAUGGAUGUGACAGGAUGAAACGUAUCAGGACCUCCAGCAGCAGCGACACUUCUGAUAAUGAGAGUCCCUCAACCUCCUUCUGCUCCAACAAGUAUGGCAGCAAACCGGGCACCCCCGCCGCAGAUCCGAAGAAACCGGCUGAAGUGUUCCGAAAAGACCUGAUUAGCGCCAUGAAGCUGCCCGACUCGCACCACAUCCCACCGGAGGAGUACUACCUGCUGGCCGACACCUGGAAGCAAGAGUGGGAGAAAGGGGUUCAGGUUCUGGCGAGCCCGGACACCAUCCCGCAGGCGUCAGUCAGGAUCAUUGCGGAGAGGUCCAAGGAGAUUUUGUACGGCCACCAGAAGAAGUAUAUCCAGUGCUCCGGGCAAGAGUCCACAGAGCUGGGCUUCAUCAACAUAAAGGAGCUGGCGGAGGCCAUGUGUCGCUACGACCUGGACGACGUCGACCUCUACUGGCUGCGGGCCCUCAACGCCCAGCUGCUCUGCAUGGGUGAGGACCCGGUGGACGAGCUGACGAUGGAGCGCACCAUGGAGGCUCUGGAGGGCCAGUGCCACGACAACAUGAGGCACGCCAUCGAGACGGUGGAGGGCCUGGGCAUCGAGUACGACGAGGACGUGGUGUGCGACGUGUGCCGCUCGCCUGACAGCGAAGAAGGCAACGACAUGGUUUUCUGCGACAAGUGCAACAUUUGUGUGCACCAGGCCUGUUACGGUAUCGUCAAAGUGCCCGUCGGCAACUGGCUGUGCCGCACGUGCGUGCUCGGCAUCGACCCGCAGUGCCUCCUGUGUCCCAAAAAGGGCGGGGCCAUGAAGGCGACGCGCGCUGGCACCAAGUGGGCACACGUCAGCUGCGCCCUGUGGAUCCCAGAGGUCAGCAUCGCGUGCCCCGAGAGGAUGGAGCCCAUCACCAAAGUGUCCCACAUCCCACCCAGCCGCUGGUCGCUCAUCUGCAGCGUGUGCAAGAUCAAGACGGGCGCGUGCAUCCAGUGCUCGGUGAAGAACUGCACCACACCCUUCCACGUGACGUGCGCCUUCGAGCACAGCCUGGAGAUGAAGACCAUCCUGGACGAGGGCGACGAGGUCAAGUUCAAGUCGUACUGCCUCAAGCACAGCAAGCCCAAAGCGGCAGGCGAGGCGGGCCUUAGCCCGGCGCGCGCCAAGCCGCCGCCCUCCGAGUCGGCCAAGGUGGGCCUGCGGGCGCAGCGGCUGCAGGAGCUGGAGGAGGAGUUCUACGGGCUGGUGCGACCGGAGGAGGUGUCGCGGGCCGUGGGGCUCUCGCCGCGCCUGGUGGACUUUGUCUACCAGUACUGGAAGCUGAAGAGGAAGAGCAACUUCAACAAGGCCCUGCUGGCACCCAAAGAAGACGAGGAGAACCUGGUGCUGCAGCCGCACCAGGACAGCAUCCACACGCGUAUGCGCAUGUUCAUGCACCUGCGACAGGACCUGGAGAGGGUGAGGAACUUGUGCUACAUGGUGAGUCGACGGGAGAAGCUCAAGCUGCUGCAGAGCAAAGCCCAGGAGCAGAUGUUCAACCUGCACGUCAGCCUCACGAGCCAGGAGAUCUCUGCCGGCCUCGCUGCGUCCUUCCCGGUGGAGAGUCUUCUGUUCCGGCCUCCUCCGAGGAUCACGCUGAAGCUGAAGAUGCCCAAAGCCUCCGGCCUGGGAAACUGUCACACCGCAUCCAAAUCAGCCAACGGGCCUCUGUGUCCGGACAAUAGCGGAAACUUGUCUGAGCGUGCCAGCGAGGGCCUGGGCCAGGGCAAGCCACAGCUGCACGGGCACGCCCGGCGGGAGGAGCGCACCAAUGGACGGGUAGCGGGAAAGCCCAUGGCGGGGAAGCCCAUGGCCGCGAAUCCCAUGGUGGCAAAGCCUCUGGCGGGGAAGCCUCUGGCCCUGCACUCCACACUCCACGGCCACUCGUCCAAUGGCAAAGCAGAGCAAGAGCGCGCCUCCAAGAACGGCCUCUUGGAGAAACUGGUUGCGCAGAAAGACAGCUCGUGCCAGACGCCCGGCGAGGCCGACGUGCCCAAGCAGCCGCUGGACAAAGGCGCGUUCGGCAAGUCGGCCAUGGAGCACUUCGGCAGGUCCUUCAAGGAAGCCACCAUGAACUUGGUGCGGACCACCGAAGACAUGCGGGCCUCGGAUAAGCUCGCCCGCAAGGAGAAACUGUGGCCCAAGCCUGUGUCUGCCAACAAUACACGCUUGUGCCACGACAGCGACGGCUACUGUCCCGACCUGGAGCUCAGCGACUCGGAGCCCGAAGCCAAAGGGAGGCACCGGCGCCAGGGUGGGCCUCCCCCGCCGGACGUCGCCCGACGGGGGGGCGGUAGCGGCCAGAAGGGCGGCGGCGGUGCCCGCGGGAGACCGUCGCUGGGCGCCGCCUCACACUGCGUGCGAAGGUGACGGCAGACUGUCAAGCUCCGGCUCGUUGUGCGAGAACACCGGAUUAGCGUGCUAACUCUUUAGCGCCACGUUUGUACGUAGCACAACUUUUUACAGAACGGCUCCACCACCUUUCUCAUUGCACAACUGGAUGUACAGUGUUGUGACAAAAUACAAAAUGAGUUGACUUUCAAAGGCUCGAGUUGACUCCAGCUCCUGACAUCACUCACUAGGCCAUGCCCAUUAAAGGCACACAACCCGAAUACAGUGUUCUCCAGCUAUUUGUGGGGGGCAAUGGUUCAGAUCCCUCCCGCAAAUGAUAGAAAACCGUGAGUAAUUGCCACAAGAUGGCGCCAAAGCAAUACUACACAGGACUUCGGCCUGAGCACAAACAGUGACUAGCAAAUUACAGAGGCUCGGUCCCCCCCGAAAACAUCUGCGAAGAUGCGGAGGACCAGUUGGCGCAAAUGAACAGAUGUUGUAUUUCAAAUUAUUUUCUUUAUUAAAAAAAAAAAAAAAAAAAAAAGUUGCCUUGAACAAAAAUAGAAUUAGAAAUGAUGUAAACUCUGCUGGUCAGCUCGCAGCAAAGCACCGUUGGUAGCGUCUUGUCGUUGCUAUGGUAACGGCACGUCAUGUCGUCAGAGAACACUAAAAUCUUCAUUUACAAUGGCACGCCGUUGUCACAUUUUCGCUGCGUUCACUCUUUUCUUGUCUCCUCCCUGAUUUGAUAAUAAAGAAGUGAAUCAAGUUUUUGGUUUUGUUAGAAUGAUGACUACAUCUCUCUCCUACAUGACACGUGUGAUUUAAUUUACGAAAUUGUUACUUUCUUUUUAUUAAAUUCGUUUUGAAAUGAUGAUUUUUAAAUAAAUUUCCAUCCAUCCA